UCCCGUAUACGUACCAAAAAGAAAGCAUUCAGUUUUGAUUUUACUGACUGUUUUUUAUCCUAUCUCCCUACUGUCUUAGUUUACUGAGAUUGUUUUUGUCAGUUGUGUGUUUUGUGUUUCAUUGUGUAGCCUGUUUUUUCAAACCACCAUGUUUGCUGGUUUUUCACAGGCUGGUUACAGCAAGAAAAAUUUUUUAAAUACGUUUGCUCACAAUUAAUUUUUUACAAACCGUUUUAUCCAUUUUGACAAUUCAGAUAAAUUUCCUCUGGUUUGAGUACUAUAUGAGCGCUUACUAUUUGGAUUUUAACCCAACUUAAUUCAUCUCAACUUAUAAUCAUACUUGUUGGUAAAACUUUGCUUCUGUUUUACCAUUGCUUGUAAAAGUACUAAACCUUUUCUAGUUAUGAAAAUUUGUAAACGUGUGAGAGAUAGUGUUACAUUUUUCAAUUGGUGUUUCUUGUACGCAGUAUUACUUUUCGUUGCUUUUAUUUUUUGUUUGUUUCCCUCCGGUGUUUUAGCCGUUUGUCUUUACUUUAUUCUUGGUCUCGCGUCAGAUUUAUCUGUAUUUGUAAUUGAUGAUAAUUUUUUAGAGUACGCUCCAAAUGUAUUAAUUGUCACACCAACUAUAAUAGGAACCAUUCUCUGGUUUUCUGUGGUUGGAUGGAUUGGUGCAAUAUAUGGGGAAAAUAAGACAUACCCGUUUGUGUUUAGCGUUCUUCAGGCACUUGGAGUAUUAUUCGAGAUAUAUUUAAUCUUCUGGUUCAAGCAGCAAACGUUUGAAGUUGAUCAAGAAAAAUUCGAUCAGUUUUUGAUCGAUACCAUGCCUUUGCUACCUCAAUCAUGGAAUGUAUAUCAAAUUCGACAUAACUGCUGCGUUGUGAGCAACUACACAGAUUUGUCGGAAAAUAGCGAUUUGAAAAUACCGCCGUCAUGCUGCAAGCCUGAGUUUCCGGAUUGCGCCCGAAACCGCUCUAGAGAGUCAAUUUGUUGCGGGCCAGACUUCCCCCAUUGCAACUCAGACAAGAUUUCUGGGCAAGUCUACGAAGUGGGCUGUCAAUCUUCGUUAGAAUCGGGAAUCCAGGAUUAUAAACGUAUUGUAGUCUAUGCUGGAUUCAUUGUGGCAUCAAUCCAGCUCUUGCCUAUUUUUUGGGUUUUCUAUUGUUUUUUCAUAAAACAAGAACAAAACAAAAGAGAAAAUAGCACCUAUCCAUACAAAUUUGAAUUGCUUAUGUUUAGUUUCCUACUUGUUUCUAAUGGCUUUCUGAUUCUGUUCCCACUGAUCUACCCUCUUAUUUGCAUCAUACCUUACACCACAAAAAUUGAAAAAGACAACGGUGACUUAGACACUAAAAUCACAACUCGAUGGGGCAAAGGAGUCCUUGUUUCAAUCUUAAUAAUUACUGUCUGGUGUGUAAUCGAGAACGGUUUGAUCGAGGAUAUCAAACACAUGGUGGACGAAAUGAGAUUCAUCGCCUGUAUCGUGGCGACCAUUUUCAGUUUUGUGGUUUAUACAACACUCGCUCUGGAUUUUUAUGGAUGUUUUGUUCGGGGAAAAUCCUUAGUCAUAAUCGGAUUGACAUUAAUCCAGCAUAUAAUUGCUAUUGCUCUUCAAAUUGUUUUGCUAGCUCUUUAUCUGAAACGCGGAACUUAUUUCGAGGAGAGAGUCGAAGGCUGGCUUAAUGAUUCAAUAAACAACUACAGAGAAAAUAACGGGACUGCCUGGGAUAAUUUCCAACAUAAGUUUGGGUGCUGUGGAAUCAACAAUUAUACGGACUGGUGCAACGUUACAGGACUGAUUCCAUCAUCAUGUUGCAAACCUGAUUUCCCAAAUUGUGAUGUUUUGGGCGAAGGCACAUAUGGUAUUUUUGAUGCAGGCUGUAAGACCGCAGUUGUGUCGAAAAUUGAAGACGGCUUGACUGGUAUUCUCUUUUUUGGCGAAGCUCUUGUUGUUCUCCAGUUUUUUUGUUUUAUUCUGGAGAUGCAAUGGAAGCAGAAACGAGUUUGCGCUAGCGAAUCUAACCAAAUGUCACAAGAAAAAGUCAGAAAAGUGACGACUUCUCAUCUUCUGCAGUCAAGAAGUAUACGCGCAGAAAUAUACAGAGAAGCUAACCCUGAUUGUAGAAAAGUAACAAAAGCUGUUGUAUUGUCGACCAAGUAUACAGUUCGAACUUAAAACCCUAUGGAGAUAUUAUUUUUUCUAUAACUUCGAUCAUUGAUUGCCUAAUUAGUUUUGUCAUGGCAGGCUUCUAAUUAUCGGAUUAAAACUGGCAAGGCUUGAAAAGUUUAAGAUUUAUAGUUUUUGCACUUAGCUCAUAAUCUAGUUUGUGAAUUUUUCAAAUA